GCGGGCCUGGCUGGGUCCCGGGAGCCGCAGUUGAUGUACCCGAACAUUAUCGGCCGUGUCAAAGGCCAGAGGUGGGCCCAGGGCAUGCAGGAGCUGUGCGUGGGUGACCAGGCGCAGACCCAGAGAUGCUCGCUGUUCAUCAGCUACCCAGUGGAGCGUGGUCUCAUUACUUCCUGGGGGGACAUGGAGAUCAUGUGGAAGCAUAUCUACGACCAGAGCCUGAAGCUAAAGCCCGGCGAUCACCCGGUUUUGAUUACUGAGCCAGCACUGAACCCACUCGCCAACCGGCAACAGAUCACCGAAAUAGUUUUUGAGCAGCUGGGGGUUCCUGCCUUCUAUAUGUCCAUCCAGGGGGUGCUGGCUCUCUUUGCUGCUGGCUUCACCACUGGCUUUGUGAUGAACUCAGGGGCUGGGGUGACGCAGUGUGUGCCCAUUUUUGAAGGUUACUGUUUGCCUCAUGGUGUCCAGCAGCUACAUCUGGCUGGCUUUGACCUCACCAACUACCUCAUGAGUCUGUUGAAGGACCAUGGCAUCAUACUGCUCAGUGCUACCGACAGGAGGAUUGUCACAGAAAUUAAGGAAACCUCUUGUUACGUGGCCAUGAACUAUGAAGAGGAAAUGGCCCAGAAAUGUAGUCGUAUGGAGAAAGUUUACCAGCUACCUGACGGGAAGGUAAUCAAGCUCUACGACCAGCUCUUUAAAUGUCCAGAGGCCCUCUUUUGUCCCUCUCUCAUGAACCUCGAGGCGAUGGGCAUUGAUAAGAUGUGCUUCAGCAGCAUAAUGAAAUGCGAUAAAGAUCUGAGGCAUUCCCUUUUCUCCAAUAUUAUCCUUGCUGGGGGAUCAACCUUGUUCCCCAACUUAGACAAGCGGCUCAUUAAAGAUAUAGCAAACAUGGCGCCUCCCAAUACCCCUGUGCAGGUCAGAGCUCCCCCAGAACGGAAAAUAUCUGUGUGGAUGGGAGGCUCUAUUCUUGCCUCCCUGCCUGCCUUCCAAGAUGUGUGGAUCACUGCUGCAGAGUUUAAAGAAGUAGGUCCCAACAUAGUACACCAAAGAUGCUUCUGAAUAUGAGUAAAAUGCUUACAAGAAACUGUUUCUAGUGUGUGGGACAGAAAACUUUGGAUAUUAUGUUUCUGGGAGGACAGAAAAUAUUUCAAUUGUCGGAAUGUCCAUGUCUCUGUUGCAUUUCUGUAAUGGGGAGAAUAGUGGUGAAGCAGUAAAACAACAUGUUUAUUGAGUAGGACGAAAUUAAAUGCUACAGGCAACAUUAUUUUUGACUUUGGAGAUCUUACAUUUCCCCUGGAGAGAGAACGACUGUGUUGUGCAACAUGUUAUGUGCCAAAUGAGUGAUGUAGAUUUAAGUUCGAUGAAGUUUAAGGAAAGAAAGGUUGCUAUGAGGAAAGAUUUCAUAGCAAAAGUAUGCCAUCAUAGAUGGAAUGGCAUUAGGAUGGGUAGGGGGAGAGGGACAGAGGGCAGAUAUCCAGAAAAGCAUAAUGGAAAUGAACAAGGGGCUAGAGAUGAAAACGAACUAAGCAUAUUCAAGGCAUGUUCAGUGAAUGCUUUUGUUAAAAUGAAGAAAAAACUCAUAUGGAGCAGACUAAGAGCAACACUAGGAAGGUAAAUUAAGGCCAGAGGCUGGAAGGCUUUGUGUUAAAUGUCGUAUAAGCAAAGGGGAACAAUUAAAGAUGUAAAAGCAGAAGACAUAAGGGAAUUGAGAUGAAUGUGGCAAUAAUUCGGAGGAUAAAUUGGGGAGGCUCUGGAGAUUUGAUGAUCAGUUAAAAACUAGACAUAAUAUAGUUGAGUCUUGGUUUAGCUGGUGUGGCUCAUUGGUUUAGCGUCAACCUAUGAACCAGGAGGACACAGUUUGAUUCCUGGUCAGGGCACAUGCCUGGGUUGCGGGCUGUAUCCUUGGUAGGGGGUGUAGCCGAGUAAUGAUUCUCUCUCAUCAUUGAUGUUUCUAUC